CGAGGCGGCCUCAUUGCCCAGCCGGACCCCAGCCUCUGACAAGUUCGGGCCGCCCUCCUUACCCUCUCGUCCGCCGGCCCCCGCCCCGUGCCCCGGGACCCUCCGGCUCUGCUCACUCUCUCUCCAGUUUGCCCGGAUACCAUGAACAAGCUUUGGUGGCGCGCAGCCUGGGGACUCUGUCUCGUGCAGCUGAGCCUAGCGCAGAUCGAUUUGAACAUAACCUGCCGAUAUGCUGGUGUAUUCCAUGUGGAGAAAAAUGGCCGCUACAGCAUCUCGCGGACCGAGGCAGCUGACCUCUGCAAGGCUUUCAAUAGCACACUGCCUACCCUGGCGCAGAUGGAGAAAGCCCUGAGCGUUGGGUUUGAGACCUGCAGGUACGGGUUCAUAGAAGGGCACGUGGUGAUCCCCCGGAUCGUCCCUGUCUCCAUCUGUGCCGCCAACAACACAGGGGUGUACAUCCUCACAUCCAACACCUCCCAGUAUGACACAUAUUGCUUCAAUGCUUCAGCUCCAGCAGACAAAGAAGACUGCACAUCAGUCACAGACCUGCCCAAUACCUUUGAAGGACCAAUUACCAUAACUAUUGUUAACCGUGAUGGCACCCGCUACUCCAAGAAAGGAGAAUACAGAACCAACCCUGAAGACAUCAAUCCCAGCAACCCUACAGACGAUGACGUGAGCAGUGGUUCAUCCAGUGAGCGAACCACUUCAGGAGGGUACAACAUCUUCCAUACCCACCUUCCAACUGCAGACCCGACUAAAGACCAAGCCAGUCCUUGGGUCACAGACGACACAGGGGACACACCAGCUACCAUUACCUCAACUCUGCACUCAAACAACCACGCAGCAGCUCAGGAACAGAACGGUUGGCUGUGGUCCUGGUUUGGUAAUUCACAGCCUAAGACUCAGGAUGUCACAACAGCAGCAACCACAGCUUUGACCAGCACUACUGGUACAACUCCUGAAACAAUAACCAAGAGGGAAGAAGUGAAGGACUGGUUUUCACAGUGGUUUCAACCAUCACAUUCCAAGAAUCAUCUCCACACAACAACAAAAAUGGCUGGUACGGAUUCAAAUACCAUGUCAGCAGGCUGGGACCCAAAUGAAGAAAAUGAAGAUGAAACAGGCAAACCCCCCAGUUAUUCUGGAUCAGGAAUUGAUGAUGAUGAGGAUUUUAUCUCCAGAACCAUUUCAACCAUCACACCAGCUGUUGGUAACACAGGACUGAAUGAGGAUUGGAAAUAUUGGAGCCCACAAUUUCCACAUCAAGAAUUAGAACUUCAGACACCUACAGAGAUGACUGAUGUGGACAGAAGUGGCACCAGUGCUCAUGGAGAAAACUGGACCCAGGAACCACAGCCUCCUCUCAUUCACCGUGAGCAUCAUGACGAUGAGGAGACCCAGCAUUCUACCAGAACAACCCAGGUAAUCCCUAGUAUUACAACUGAAGAAACAGCUACCAAGAAAGAGCAGUGGUUUGGGAAUGGAGGGCCUGGGGAACAUCCCCAAAUACCGGAAGAAGACUCUCAUUCAACAACAGGGACAACUGUCACAACAGCCUCAGCCCACGACAGUCAUACAAAUCAAAGAAUGACAACGCAGAGUCAAGAGGACAGUACUUCCUGGAUGGAUUUCUUCGAUCCAAUCUCACAUCCAAUGGGACGAGGUCAUCGAACAGGAGGAAGGAUGGAUAUGGACUCCAGCCAUAGUACAACGCUUCAGCCUACUACUGAUCCAGACGGAGGUUUGGACUUGGACAGGACAGGACCUCUUGCAAUGGCAACUCAACAGAGUCAUUCUCAGACCUUCUCUACAGAACAUGGAGGCUUGGAAGAAGAUAAAGACCAUCCAACAACUCCUGCUCUAACAUCUAGCAACAGAAAUGAUGGCAGAGGUGGAAGAAGAGGUGAAAAUCUUCCCGAAGACUCAACUACAUCAGUGGAAGUUUAUACCCCUCAUUUCCCAGACACAAAGGAAAACAGGACCCUCACCCCAGUGACCCCUGCUCAGACUGGGUCCCCUGGAGUUACUGAAGUUACUGUUGUUGGAGGUUCCAACUCUGAUGUAGCGGGUUCAUUUCCAGGACACCAAAACAACAAGACUGGUAAGAGGUCCCAUACCACUCACGGAUCUGAGUCGGCUGGACAUUCAAGUGGGAGUCAAGAAGAUGGUGCCAAUACUACAGCGAAUCCUAUAAGGAAAGCACAAAUUCCAGAAUGGCUGAUCAUCUUGGCGUCCCUUUUGGCCCUGGCUUUGAUUCUCGCAGUUUGCAUCGCUGUCAACAGUCGAAGAAGGUGUGGGCAGAAGAAAAAGUUGGUGAUUAACAAUGGCAAUGGAGCUGUGGAAGACAGAAAGCCAAGUGGACUCAACGGAGAAGCCAGCAAGUCUCAGGAAAUGGUGCAUUUGGUGAACAAGGAGCCAUCAGAGACCCCAGACCAGUGCAUGACAGCCGAUGAGACACGGAACCUGCAGAAUGUGGACGUGAAGAUUGGGAUGUAACACCCACCCCACUAUCUUGGAAAGAAACAACAUCAGAUGUAUCACUGUUACAGGGAGCUGGGACAGACACUUAACAGAUGCAAUGUGCUACUGAUUGUCUUAUUUGGGAUCUUUUUUGGCAUAAAAUUUUCUACUCUUUUUUUUUUUUUAGACAAGUCCAAUUUAUAAAAUCAGCAUUGCUUUCUGAAAUGAGGGUCCAAUUAAAAAUUGGCACGAAUUUGACGGUUCCAAUUCCCACCUAGAGGCCGCUCACCUCAAUGGAUGGCUUCUACCAAAAGCCACACAAAUACGUCUUCCUGAUCCCAGACCUUCCCCCCGCCCCACCUCCCAGGUAGCAGCUACCUGUUAAGAAUAUUCCCCAGGGCUACGAGGGAUUGGUCUCUGGGAGGAAAUUUGAAUGGGUCCAUAUUUCCCUUCCACUAGCCCAAUCCCUGGGCAUUGCUUUCCACUGGGGUACGGGUUCGGGAUGUACUGAUUACACACCCCCUCCUACAGACCCCCCUGGAAAAUUUUCAGAUGCUUCUGGGAGACACCCAAAGGGUGAAGCUAUUUAUCUGUAGUAAGCUAUUUAUCUUCGUUUUUGAAAUAUUAAACCCUGGAGGUCCUUUGAUCAGAAUGAUUUUUUUUUUUAAUUACUUUGUCAGAGGCAUAAAAGGGCUUAAGCUGAUUCAUAAUAAACGUCUGUACUUCUGCCACCUUAACUCUUUGUGCUGUGAUCCUUCAGUUUCUAAACCAGAAAGGUCUGGGGCCCCACAGCCAAUAAAAGAGAUGUAGGCAUCAUCCUCCUUAGGCUCACUCAGCCAAAUCUCACAGAAGAUCAAGGAAGAUAGCACUAUUUUAUUUCUCAGGCUGUCCAAAGUCUUUCUGUCCCACCCUAAAACCAGCAUUGUGAGACGAGGAGCUUAAGCCACAUUUGUGUUUUAACGGCCACCUGUUGUCUCCCCUUGAAGGGAUUUGAAAAAUCAAAUUAAAUUUGCAUGACCUAUCAUUUGUGGGGUCCCAUUUCAUAGACAAUGACCCUAUUAGUGAUGUCCAAGAACAAUACAAAAGUGCCUUUGGACCUCUUGUAAUAAAAGGAGAAGCCAAUGGAAAUGAAAGAUUGGCAUGGGUGGUCAAGGGGUGGGAAGUAUAGAUCCCUUUCAAGUAUUUGUAUGGCUCUGUUAUUUAUUUAUACUGACAAGUCAGUUGUCUCCACUCUCCCUGAUGCAGUUGCUACUUAGGAUAAAUUAAGUGCCUGGAGAAUGUCUCAAAAGGUUACAGGGCUUCCCGCAAUUGGAACCUUAUCACCAGAUAGAUGGCUUUAUGGCAAAAAAAAAAAAAAGAGAAUAAU